AUGGGGGUGAGGAAAUUAAUUCAAAGUCUUUCUCGAAGAACAACAGCUGUAUGGAUAAAUGACCAAAAUGAGAAAGGUUCCAGCCUCAAGCAUAAGCCACCACAGAGGCAACGUGAUGAUAGGAUAGCUACAACCGAUGCCGACAAUCGCACCUCCAAUAAGCCUAGAUGUUUAAAAGCGACUAUAUUUCAUAAUUAUCCUUUACGAAUAUGUGUUUUGAUUGGUGCUUUCCUGAUGUUGCUAAUCGUUAAAUUUACAAUUAUAGAGUCUUUCGAGGGUGCAGAUUCUUCGCAAUGCCGAUCCAUCUACAUGUUUCCCUCAUACGGAAGGUUAAAUGGGUUUGACUUAAAGCAUACUGCCUUAGCUCAAAAAUACCAUUUAUAUUUAUACAGAGAACAGGGCCUAGAUAAAGAGCCCAUGAAAGACGGCAUGGCUCAAUUGGAUGGUAUCCCUGUGCUUUUCAUUCCCGGUAACGCAGGUAGCUUUAAGCAGGUAAGAUCCAUCGCUGCGUCGUGUUCCAGGAACUAUUUUCAGCAGAGAGAAGAUAUAAAAAAUCCUAAUACAAGAAAUUUAGAUUUCUUUGCUGCCGAUUUCAACGAAGAUUUUACUGCAUUUCAUGGUCGUACAAUGCUAGAUCAAGCAGAGUAUUUGAAUGAUGCCAUUCGCUACAUUUUAUCACUCUAUGGGCAUUCUUCAGAUUCCUCGACCCCAGCUCCAUCUUCUGUGAUAAUAAUUGGGCAUUCUAUGGGUGGAAUAGUCGCUCGAAUACUACCGACCUUGAUGAACCAUGUCGAGGGCUCUGUUCAAUCCUUAAUUACUCUUUCUUCUCCUCAUGCCGCUGCCCCAGUUACAUUCGACGGAGACAUCCUCAAGAUCUAUGCUCGAACUAAUGAUUUUUGGAGAGAGCAGAUGCAAGACAGAGAUUCCUUUUUCUCAAAAAAUAUGUCGUUGAUCUCAAUCACAGGUGGAAUUCUGGAUAUGAUGUUACCUGCUGACUAUACUGCAGUACAGGAUAUCGUUCCUUUGGAGAAUGGCUUCACGACAUAUUCUUCAACAAUUCCUAAUGUUUGGACACCGAUUGACCAUUUAGCUGUAGUUUGGUGUGAUCAGCUAAGAACAGUAGUUGCAAAACUUCUUCUGGAAACCGCCGAUUACACUGCUUCUAGCAGGUUACGAACAUUGGAAGAAAGAAUGAAAACCUCCAGAGAACUGCUUCUUUCUGGCUUUGAAAAUUAUACACAGCACGAUCUAACUAUUGUCAAUUCCUCAAUUUCUCCAGAUAAUAAAUAUGCCCACUUAUCACAGGUUGGCAGUGGAAUAAACGAUAAGAGCCCUGAAACAUCAAUUAGCGCUAUUGAGAAUCUGGAAAACGAAGAAAGAAGCUAUCAGAUAUUAUUGCCCAAAAAAGGAAGUUUGAAUCUCGCAAUAUUAGCAUCCACAGAAGGCCUUUGUAUCUCUUUCUGUAAAGCCAAAUAUCCAUUUGAUCCGAAAAACAUUGAACCAGACGACAGCGAUAGCUGCUUUCGUGGUAUUAACUACAUGAAAUAUGCCCCUGCUUCAUUCAAAACUACCGGCCAUGCCUCCGACUCUUCUGUCAAUAGCAAUAUCAAGCCUUUUCAGAUGAUGAAUAUUGGGAAUUCAACUUUGUCUCAUUAUGACUACGUGAUUGUUGAUAAGCUGCCUUAUGCGAAGUUUGAAAGCAAUGAUUUCUUCAUUAGCGAAUUAACAAUUAAUGGGAUUGAAAAAUCUAUCGAUGUUACUCCAUUGCAUAUUGCUACUAUGGGGUUGAAGCUCGAAUUGUCUGGCAAGUUGAUUGAAACGGUGAGUUUUCCCAACGUGUGGGAUUCUCUUUUGUCAUACAAAGUACGUACACACUUAAUCACAAAAGAAACAAAGGAGCUCCUGUUUCAGCCCUUCGUGAGACAAUGGAUAGAUGACCCGUUCGAAUCUAAGUGGCACGUCAAUGUAACUGAUUUUGAUUUCAACAUAAACAUGCACGGCGUGGCACCCUUUAUACCUUUGGAGGAAACGCAUGAUAAAUCUUUGAAACUCGCUGUAAUGACACCGCCUGGUGCUAAGUUGAUAUUAGAUUUUCGCAUAAACUGGGGUUUAACAAUCAAAAUGCUUUUCAUACGUUACAGACUUACCUUUUUAUCGUUGCCGGUCAGCGUUGUUUCGUUCGUGCUAGCGUUUCAAUUUUAUCGCUACCAGGAAGUACGUGUUUUCCCCAGCUUUAACAACACCUUAGCUUUUUUGUUGAAAACAAAGGGAGUAUACAUUUUCUUUGGUAUUUUAUUUCUUAGUCCAUUAGUGAAUACAAGAUUGAUACAGAAAUUACUUUAUUUUUUUGAUCCAGUACGUCUCAACAGACCAUUUUUGUUAGAUGAGCGGAAUAUGCAUACCAAUUUUUACUUCCUGGGAAUCAGGAGCUGGUUUCUCUCCGGAAUUGGUAUUUUAUUUGUGCUAAUGUCGAUAGCAUGCCUAUUCCUGGUUGCAAAAAUACACGAUAUCGCUGAGUAUUUCGUGAGGAAGACUAAACUAAAAUUCUCUUCUUCGAAGAGUGGCUCCAAGUCGCCAUUGAGAAACAGAAAGAUCUAUGAAUCUUGGAAAGCGCGAAUUUUUGCUUGCAUUAUAUUGACCUUUGCCGUACUAUUCUACAUACCAUAUCAGUUGGCUUCAGCAAUCACCUUAAUCAUUCAAGUUAUUACAUGUCUGAGGGUGCUGUCAAACGCUGAAAAUUUAAAUCCGGAAAAAUACAACAAUUUAAGAAACUACAACUUCUCCGUAUUUCUACUUCUGCUUUUUGUUGUACUUAUUGAUUCUCCGAUUAUAGUGGUGUUUCUGCAUAAUGUUGCAAUACGGUGGGAGACUCCUUUCAGAUCACAUCAUAACUUCUUAGCGAUAGCCCCGACGAUUUUCUUGGUGAAUUUCAAUUCCGGUCUCAAGAUACCUGGCUUCAGAUCCAAGAAAACAUACGAAGGAUUUGCGACCGUACUAUUGCUGCUCUAUCUCUCGAUCUUUAGUUUAAUAUAUGGUUCCAGGAAUCUUUAUUGGAUACAUCACCUUGCGAAUAUGCUGUGCGCUUGGCUUUUAUACGGUGCAUACGCAGCAAGUCUUCCUGAAGAAUGA